CUUUUCUUUUCGAUUGUCUUCUACAUCUGAAUCAAUUAAAAAUAAAGAAAACCAUCUUUUAUCUCCUUAAAGAAACUGAUAACCACAAAAUGUAAAGCUUCAUUUACUCAAAAUUAUCCCUCUCCUAUUAACCACCAGUACAACCAUUACUAUUUUCAACCACCAAAAAUGUCACCUCCUACAUCAGUUCAUGUUCAUCUUUUCUGAGUUCCUCAAACUUGUAAGAACGAUCAUCAUCUUCAGGUUUACAGAUAUCCAAUUGCUUUGAAGAAAACAUCACUAACCUGAAUGUAAUACAAUCACAAAUCUUGCGAUUACAAUAUAGUUGAAAUGUACAACUAGAUAGUAACCCUGUUAUCGAUUUCUUCAAUGGCAAUUAGAUGCUAAUCAACCUGCUUAAAAGGACAAACAUAUCAGAUGUUAUCAUUACAAUAACAUCUUUCCAUCUGUCAUAUAAACUUCUAAGCAAAAACAGAGAAGAUAGAUACGUUUUUCCAUCUAACAAGGAAGCAUCCACGAUCAACAAGAAGCGAACAAGAAUUCUCACUUUCGAAAUUAUCGAUCAACAACUUUCCUUCAUUCACUGUCGCAUCACUCAAUUCUACAGAAGGGGGAUCGAUUAAGAUUGAUUCAGAAUAGAAAAAAGGGGUAUACCUGCGAUUAAACCGUUUCAAAGGGGUAUACUUGCGACUAAUUCAGAAUAGGCGAUUAAUUUAGAAUAUCUGAAAGUUGGGUCGUUGUAGAAGGUGGGAAUCAAUGGGGUGGAACUGGAGGUUGAAGGUGGGUUUCCAAUUGUGCUUUAUGAUUUCGUUUCUGUCGCUGACUUCACCAUUUCAUUUAUUGAUGGCUGCAAACUCAAAUCUCUUCCGGGAGUACAUUGGUGCUGAAUCUGACUCGGUUAAGUUAUCAGAUGUUCCUAUCAACUCUAAAGUUGAAGUCCAUUUUAUCUUAGCGUUCGCAAUUGAUUACACCUCAGAUAAUCACCCAUCACCCACCAAUGGCAAAUUCAAUGUUUUCUGGGAAACUAAAAAUUUGGGUCCUUCGGCAAUAGCAUCGGUCAAAGCCAAGAACUCUAAUGUCAAAGUGGCUGUUAGCUUGGGUGGCGAUAGUGUUGUUCAUGAUAAAAAUAAGGUUUUUUUUUCUCCAAAAUCUAUCAACUCAUGGGUGCAAAAUGCAGUUUCUUCAUUAACAAGCAUGAUCAAGCAAUACAAUUUGGAUGGAAUUGACAUCGACUAUGAACAUUUUAGGUCGCAUGAUGAGGAAACCUUUGUUGAAUGUAUAGGACGGCUUAUAAUAAUUCUAAAGAAAAAUCGGAUCAUCAAAUUUGCUUCUAUCGCCCCAUAUGAAGAUGAAGGACCGGUUCAAAGAAAUUACUUGGCUUUAUGGAGGAAAUAUGGACAUGUUAUUGAUUAUGUGAAUUUCCAGUUUUAUGCGUAUGAUCAGAUUAGUGUUUCACAGUUUGUAAAACACUUUCAUCAUCAACAAGCUUCAAGUUAUAAAGGAAGUCAGCUUCUAGCGAGCUUCAUAAGCAAAGGUAACUUAGGUUUGCCUCCAAAUAAGGGAUUCUUUGAGGCCUGCAAAGAGUUGAAGAGAGAUGGAAAGCUCGGAGGCAUAUUUGUUUGGUGUGCAGACGAAUCCAAAGAGUUCGGUUUUAGAUAUGAAAAAGCUGCUCUGGCUUUAUUGGCAGCAUGAUCAUCAUCUUUAUUUCAUCAUGCAUGCAUAUAUGGGCAUAUAUAUACGUUCGAUUUCAUAUGUCCGUAGUUUCCUUUCUUCUUCCUUCCAAAUAAGAAAUAAGAUACUGUCUGUUGAAU